AUGGCUUCCGGUAGACCGAAGAGAGCGACUGCAGGAGUACCUCCACAGAGGUAUGGCUUCGAGGACAUGGUGGCGUAUUCAUUUCAAGUUGCUGAAGUAGUGGAUGUAGGAGAGCUAAAGUCCUAUAGAGAAGCAGUUUCCGGUGGUGAAGCUGAUCAGUGGCUUUCCGUAAUGGGAGAUGAGAUGGAAUCCCAUUACAGGAAUCAGACUUGGGAGCUAGUCAAAUGA